AUGGACCCUCUAAGCCAGCAGCAGCCACUACCCUGCCUAUCUGUUGGCCUGAUUUGUCCCCUUGCCGUUGCAGACCUUGGGCCAAAAAAGGCUGUCCUGCAUACUUUAAGCCCCUCCUGCCUAUUUGCCACCCCCAACUUAGAGACCAAAAUCACACAUGCCAAAGGAAUGGCCUUUUCUUUAGCUGGGUUUAUUGGUUGUGUGUAUUUCCAGUUUGCUCGCCAAAAUGAAGGUCCAGUCUUAUGUCUCUCUACACACAAAAACAGAGACUUGGUAAUAGCAGCCAGCAUUUGUACAAACAUAGCACCCAAGGCCUGCUUCACAGAAGAUGAGAGUACACACCUGCCUUUCUUAGCCACAGAGCCCUCUAAAGUGCAGGAAGAGGGGCAGAGGACCAGUGACCCUCCAGAUAUUGCUGGACUAGAACUCCCAUCAUCCUUUACCAUUGGCCAAGGAUGUUCUGAAGCAGAGGCACCAUUUGUGAGUAGUUCCCAGUGA